CUGAUUUGAGAAAAAAUUUAGUGUUUAUGGAGCUUUGAGUCUUUUAAAUCGGUAAACAGGAAAAGGUUUUAUUGGGAGGCCUGUUCUAUCCCUUUUUGCAAAAAGUGAAAACUUUCUAAAAGUUCAAAAGCUAAAGUCAAAGUUUCUGCUUCAAUUUCCAUUUUUAAAUUCAAAAUAUGACAUGCGCAGUAAGAUAUUUAAAAAAUUAUUGCUGUCGCUCCGUCGAAAAAGAUGGAGCAAGAUUUCUUGCUCUAGAUUGACUCCGGGGUGGAUUUAUGUUACAAACCGAAUACGUUUUUUGCCCUGUCGUGGAGCAGGAUUUGUAUCUCGAAUACGCAAAAUGCUCUGUGACGUAGCGGAGCGUGUUACACGAACACGUGUUCUGCCUGCUCUCGGAGCAGUGUUGUCAAGUCGAAUACGCUACACGAUAUGCUCCGGGGCAGAGUUGCCAACCCGAACACAUGGUUCUGAGUUGGAGCACUCUUGGAGCAGUUUAGAGCACAUAACCGAAUGUGCUAUUAAUUUUGAAAAUUAGCGCCAAAUGAUAAAAACGCAAUCUACGUUACCAUGCGAAUAACAUGUGCGCGUCUCCUAACCUAAAAAUGUCAAAUGAAAACAACUGUUCAGAAGCAUCGUUGGAUUUAUAUUUUUUUAAAAAAAGAAAAUGAUGAUCGGAUGAAAAAAAAAGAAAAAAAUAAUUUUUUUUUUCUGAAAAAAUGGCAAAAUCAAUAAAAAUUCUUUCAUCUGAAAUAAUAAAUAAUUUCAAAGAUGCAUUAAAACAAAAUAAUAAAUCACUCAUCAAUGAAUUAAUAACAAAAGAAAAUGUUCUAAAAUCUGACAAUAAUGGUACAACAUUACUUCAUAUUGUCGCUAAACAAGGUACAUGUGAAAUUGCUCAACAAUUAUUGGAAUUUGGUGCAAAUUUACAAGCACAAGAUAAUAAUAAACAAAUUCCAAUUUAUUUUGCCAUUGAAAAUUCACCAAAAAUGAUGAAAUUACUUCUCAAUAAUGAAAAAAUGGAAAAUUUUCAUUUACUUUAUCGUGCAUUAUUAUUUGGUAAUGUGGAAAUUGUUACUAUUGUUAUAAAUGCACUUCCUAAAAUUCAUCAAUUUAAUAAUGAUGAAGAAAAUUUAUCAAUUGAACAAUUGAUAAAUAAACUAUUACAUCAUAAUAUACAUUUAUCAAAUAUUGAAUUUACAUAUCCAAUUUUAAUUUUUUUUGCUGCUAAAAUUGCCAACAUCUUUUUAUUACAAUUAAUAUUAAAUAAUUGUCGAAUAUUUUUACAAAAAACACAUCUUAAUUAUAAAGCAUGUUUGGCAUUAGUAAAAAUUGAAAAAUAUCCAAAAGAACAAUACGAGAGGGAAAUAAAUUAUCACGAUUUACAUGAUAGAACAGCAUUAUUUUAUGCAAUUAAUCAAGAAAAUGUGAAUGCAAUAAAUUUUCUUUUAAAAAAUGGCCUUGAUCCAAAUAAAUGUCAACGUUUUCCAAAUAAUAAAUUUUAUAAACCACUUCAUUAUACAUCAUUAUUUGUUAAAAAUGAAGAAAUUAGUCAAUUAUUAAUUCGUUAUGGUGCCGAUGUGAAUGCAACAUUUUUUUAUAAUACAAAUCCAAUUGAAUUAAUAACACAAACAAUAAAUGUAAAUUAUUUUAAUUCAACGAUAUUAAAAAAAUUCUUAUCAAAAAGCAUUGAUAUAAAUACAAAAGAUUUUAAUGGCAUGACAUCAAUAUUAAUUGCAUCAAAAGCUGGAAAUUUGGAAUUAAUAAAAAUUUUAAUUGAAUUUAAUGCCAAUAUUUAUGUAGUUGACAAUAAUGGCGAUUCAGUACUUCAUCACGCUGCUAUUGGUAAUUCUUUUGAAAUUCUUUAUUUUCUUCUAUCAAAUGAAAAAUUUUCAUUUAAUAUUAAACAAAAAAAUAAAAAUGGUGAAACAUUUUUAUUUUUACUUUUAAAAUCAAAAGAAAUAAUAACAAAUGAUGUAAAUUUAGAAAAAAUUAAAUAUUUCCUCAAUUAUGGCUCAAGUUUAUUGACAAAAAAUAAUAAUAAUGAAAAUAUUUUAGAAAUUAUUGCAAAAAAAAAUUAUUCACAAUUUGGUUAUUUAAAUUUAUUAGAAUUAGGUGAAAUAUCAAUAAAACGUGAUAUUAUGGCAAAAAAUUCAAUUAAUAUUUUACAACAAUUCACCGAUGGUUUAAAAUUAUUUAUUUCUUAUUUUCUCUUAAAUAAUAAUGAAUUUAGUAAUUAUUUGGAAUAUUAUUUAAUACGCGAUAAAAAUGAAUUGGGUAUGGAUUUUUUAAAUGGGGCAAAAAUUGAAAUUAUCAAAUUAAAAACAAUAAUAAUAUUAGAUAAUUAUUCAUAUUAUGAUUUUUUAACAAUUGAUUUAUUAAAAUGUUGUCAUAUUGUUAAACAAUUGAAAUUAAUGCAAAAAUUAUUUAUCACUUAUCAAAGGAAAUGUGAAUUUUUUUAUUAUGAAUUAUUUAUUGCAAAACGAUUUAGUGAUAUUAAUAGUGUUAUUAAAUUUUUUCCUUCAAUUAUUAAUUUUUUAUUAAACUAUAGCGAUUAUAAAUUACCAUUAUUGAUUGUUGAGAAAAUUUUUAAUUAUCUCUCACCAAAAGAUUGUUAA